AUGCAGGAGUCUAACACCAUACAACCUGAUACAUUUACGAUCGUUGCAAUCCUCGGCUCGUCUUCAUGUUUGGCAUCUUUGAGGCAAGGGAAAGAGAUCCAUGGUUAUGUAUAUAGAGCUACUAUGGAGCAUGAAAUUUUUGUCACCAACAGGCUGAUAGACAUGUAUGGUAAAUGUGGAGAUGUGGAGAAAGCGCAGCAAGUCUUUGAUAACAUGCAAGAAAGGGAUGUGGGUUCAUGGACUGCACUCAUAAACUGCUAUGGGCUGCAUGGGCAUGGCACCAGAGCCAUUGCUGUCUUUGAAAAGAUGAAACAGACCCCAUCCGGCACCCCCCAACUAUAUUUCAGCAUUGAUCCCACCAUGAAGCAUCAUGUCUGCAUUGUAGACAUGUUGGGAAGAGCAGGGCACCUCAUGGAAGCACUGAAGUUCAUUAGUGACAUGCCAAUCCAACCUGACUCUCGUGUGUGGGAAGCGUUGCUUGGUGCUGCUAGCAUUCGAGGAGACAGGACAGCCACAGAGAUAGCUGUGAAACAGCUGCUCGAGUUAGAACCUGAAAACUCUGUCGAACUUCAAGUGCAGUUGUCAAGUAUAUAUGCGAAAGCAGGGAAGUGGGAUGACGUUGCGAAAAUUAGAGGAAGGAUGAAAUCCAAAAGCCCGGGAAUAUCUCGAUCAAUUUCUCCAUGUAGAAAGGCAUUCUUUGCAUCCAUCUGUCACAGUUUUCAAGAUUUGCUCGUUGCAAGUGCUAGUAGUACUCGCACCAUUGUAAUUUUUGCUACUGGGGAUGCUUCUUCAAAUGUCGUUGGCUCUUUUACGGUCUCUUCUUUUGCUAAGGCAGCAUCCAUGUAUCUUGAGUUAGUCUUUCUCUAUCUAAUCGACCUCCUAAGUGGUGGGUUGUCUACCGUAACCUCCUUUUGA